UGUGUGUAUUGUUAUUUUUUUUUCUUUCAUUUUCCUUUGGGUUUAACGAAGUCUCUCUUCCUCUCUCUCUCUCGUUUCUUGAGGCAUCAAAAUAUCUCUAUGACCGAAAAGUCACUUUUUUUUUUCGUUUUUCUUUUCUGAAAUUUAUAAAAGCAAAACCGAAGAGAGAUAGAUAGACGUGGAGAAAAGCAGACGUCUCUGUGUGUCUGUUUCGUUGUUUGUUUUUGAUUGAUCGCUCUCUUCUUCUUAUUAACAAGGGUUUGUCCUGUUUCAAGACCCAAACUUUGGAUUCUCUUCUCUUUCUCUUCGUUUUCUCUUGACCUUGUUCAUCUGUGUAAAAAUCUCUUCUUUAUCGAGAUAGGGAGAUGUAUUAUCAGUUGAGCAAGUCUUCUUACAGAGACUCUUUGAAGAUUCUCGAGGCUGAUAUAGAGCACGCCAAUGGACUGGCGGCUGAGAUUCCAAUGGGAAAGAGCGGUGUGCGUCUACAGAUGAAAUUGGUGUGUAGCAAUUUGGCUCCAUUCUUCAUAUUCCUGCUACAAUGGAUGGAUUUCUCAUGUCUGCUUCCAAGAUAUUUUGAUUUCUUCCACAUACUCAUAUACAAGGUACGGCCUGAUGGGCGGUGGAAUCUAUCCAGGUACGGAAGGAAAGCUACAAUUAGAGAAUUUUACGGUGUUAUAUUACCGUCACUUGAGCGACUUCAUAUCAACUUUGCUGACUUACCCGAAGAAAGCAUGUGGUAUCUGAAUCCAAAAGCCAUAACCAAAAAGCAGUAUGACAUUGAAGGUAGCAGAUUCAUGAAUAGCAUUGACUUGGAAAGAGAAGACGAAUGCGGGAUAUGCUUAGAGCCUUGCACCAAAAUGGUGUUGCCCAACUGUUGUCAUGCCAUGUGCAUAAAAUGUUACCGUAACUGGAACACGAAGUCGGAGUCAUGCCCCUUUUGCCGGGGUAGCAUCAAGAGAGUGAACUCAGAGGACCUGUGGGUGCUGACAUGCGAUGAAGAUGUUGUGGAUCCAGAGACGGUCACGAAAGAGGAUCUGCUUCGGUUUUACCUCCACAUUAACAGCCUCCCAAAGGAUUAUCCGGAAGCCGCCUUCUUAGUCUACAACGAGUACUUGAUAUGAUUUCACCCCGAAACAUAAAACACGGGUGUACAGAGGGAGAGAGAUCCCCAGAACUUAAAUUAAGUGUACAUAAGAAUCUGGUGGUCCAAGGUGCAUAUUCCUUCAUUUUAGAUUUAUGGUAUAAGAAAGAUUGUCAUUCCCUUAAUCUGUACCCUUCUGUUAUGAAAGAUAAAAAGAGAAAGAUGAUCUCUCGGCUAUAUAUAUAUAUAUAUUCAUUA